CUCUCGCUCUGGAGCGCCAUUCAUAAAACCGCACCGAGGAGGACGACCAGGACCAUGAGCGAGCUGCACCAACACCACCGCCACCGAAGUGGGACUUUGUAGAGCUGAUAAGUAGGAGAAGGAACUUUUUUUGGGGGGGGGGUUGCUUAUCGUUUCCCCCCACCACCACCACCGGUAAGCGUUGGAUCCGUCGGCCUACUGCGACUCCCCGGCGUACGGCCCGGACCUGUGCCCCAACAUGAUCGCCACGCAGGCCAAGCUGGUGUACCAGCUCAACAAGUACCACGGCGAGCGGUGCCAGGCGCGCAAGGGCGCCAUCGCCAAGACCAUCCGCGAGGUGUGUAAGGUGGUGUCCGACGUGCUGAAGGAGGUGGAGGUGCAGGAGCCGCGCUUCAUCAGCUCCCUGAGCGAGAUCGACGCGCGCUACGAGGGCAUGGAGGUCACCUCGCCCAACGAGUUCGAGGUGGUGCUCUACCUCAACCAGAUGGGCGUCUUCAACUUCGUGGACGACGGCUCGCUGCCCGGCUGCGCCGUGCUCAAGCUGAGCGACGGCCGCAAGCGCAGCAUGUCCCUGUGGGUGGAGUUCAUCACCGCGUCCGGGUACCUGUCGGCGCGGAAGAUCCGCUCCCGCUUCCAGACGCUGGUGGCGCAGGCGGUGGACAAGUGCAGCUACCGCGACGUGGUGAAGAUGGUGGCGGACACCAGCGAGGUGCGCCUGCGCAUCCGCGAGCGCUACGUGGUGCAAAUCACCCCGGCUUUCAAGUGCACCGGCAUUUGGCCCCGGAGCGCGGCGCAGUGGCCGGCGGCGCACAUCCCCUGGCCGGGGCCCAACCGCGUGGCCGAGGUGAAGGCGGAGGGCUUCAACCUGCUCUCCAAGGAGUGCUACUCGCUCACCGGCAAGCAGAGCUCGGCCGAGAGCGACGCGUGGGUGCUACAGUUCAGCGAGGCCGAGAAUAGGCUGCUCAUGGCCGGCUGCCGGAAGAAGUGCCUGUCGGUGCUCAAGACGCUGCGGGACCGCCACCUGGAGCUGCCCGGCCAGCCGCUCAACAGCUACCACAUGAAGACGCUGCUGCUGUACGAGUGCGAGAAGCAUCCCAGGGAGGCCGACUGGGACGAGGCGUGCCUGGGGGACCGGCUCAACGGCAUCCUGCUGCAGCUCAUCUCCUGCCUACAGUGCCGCAGAUGCCCGCACUACUUCCUGCCCAACCUGGACCUCUUUCAGGGCAAGCCGCACUCGGCCCUGGAGGCGGCCGCCAAGCAGACGUGGAGGCUGGCGAGGGAGAUCCUCACCAACGCCAAGAGCUUGGACAAGUUAUAAAAAAAAAAAACAAAAAAAAAAAAACACUCCCGGCUCUUGUUUUCCUUUUGUUUUGCAAGUUGACUGUGAUAUAAAUAUGACAACAACAACAACAACAAAAAAAAGAGAAAUCACCGUUUUGAGGUUUUGGAGCGAAAAAAAAUGGUGCAACAGAAGAAGGAAAAGCAAAGAAACAGAAGAAUAAACAUUUUGAAACCUGUUUCCGCUCACAUCACAAGUGGAUUUACCAUGGUAAGUACCACCUACCAGCAAGCCGACUCACCGUGCUCAGCAGCGGCCUUGAGCGUGGCUUCCGAGUGGGUGGAUCCGAAGGGGUUCCUGACGAAGCGGCGUCGCCGUCUUAAGUCGUCCUCCCAGUAGU